AUGUAUCAAAGUUACAGAAAGCUGUCAAUGUUGUGUCUAGUUCGGGAAAGCCUACAGUCGAAGUUACAGUGCCUGAAGAUGUUAACGAUGUAUAUAAACAAGCACUUGAUGCAGUAAGGCAACCAAAGGUUGAUGAUGUAUCGAUUGCUACACCAUCACAAAAAAAAGAAGAUUCUAGAAAAUCGUUUCGAACAAUGGUUGUGCUUCUUUGGAUUUUUAGCAAUGCAUUAUUAAUAAUCGUAGUCACAUAUGUUAGUGGUGAUGCAUCAAGAACGGAUAAAUAUAUGGCGAUUAUUCUUUGGUCUGUUGCUGGAUUGGCUGCCUUCAGAUUUCUUGGUACUACCACAUAUCUGAUAUUUAGAUUGUUUACUGAUCCAAACAUAUUAGUAUGUUGGAAAUAG